AAUCCCUAUUCGUCCACUCCUGAUAAAUUUAGAAAAUGCAUUUUUCUUUCGAAAAUCGCCAUUUUAGCACCGCUUGUCCCCAAUAAAUGGGAUUGCUGCAAAUGUCACGCUAGUGUAGUUUUAGUGGAGGCGCUCGAAAAACCAGGAAGUAGGGCAUCGCCUAAUGGCGCAGUCGCACGAAUAUCUUUUUUUUUAACGUUACUGGCACCUGAUGACACUGGUGCUGAGCUUUAGGUGUAUGCAGUCUGCAGCUGCGAUAGCUUGCGCUUCUGGAUAAAUGACGGGGGGGGAAUCAAAAGCGAAGACUGCAAUUUUAAUGGGCCCCUGAUUUUGCAUGUCUGAUGUGAGUGAUGAAAGCAGCAGCUGGACGUAGCAUAGCACAUGUCGGCGUUACAAAAAAAAAAAAAAAAAAAUCUCCCUUCGCUGGCAUAGAUCAUUACUACCGGUCUCCUAAUUAGAGACGGCUAGCUAUAUAACCAAAAACGCUUCGCGAGGUGUAGCCGUCUCUCAGCUGCCAGAGUAACAGUGAUCAAGGAAAAUGAAACACCAUGCAGCCUUUUGUGCAGCAGUCGGCUUAGCCUUUGCUGUCUUGGGCACCGGUGUCUGUUCACGCAAGGGACAAGGACGCUUCGAUGUCUGCGAGGAGAGAACGGGGUAUGGACGCAUACGCUGAGGCUGUGUACCCCUGCGUCGCCAAAAUGGCCCCGCUGUUAACAACAAAGUUAAAUCCGGACUAUAUCGACACCAACGUCACAAAUCCUGCGGGAAUUUUUCAAGAUGGAGUGGAAUGUGUUGCUAAGCAGAAGAUAUUCACCGACGAUGUCGCUAUCGCCAUGGCUGGGAUCAAAUGGCUCCUCGAAAACUUUUUCUGAAGCUUCCGGCACUGCUCACGCUGUGUUUAGCGUCGGGAAGGCUGAGGAUUAUAGUGUGAGCUAUCGUCGUUAUUGAAUGAAUAAAAAGAACUUGAAAUGAUGGAAAA